CGGCCAAAAGAACAUCCGCAGAUGAGUGAAAGUCUCAGCUCCAAAUCCAGAAAGACAAAGUGCAGACUAUAAGGGACAGGUUUCACAAUGCCAGAUAUUGAACCUCUCAGAUUUCCAUCACGAGAAGAAAGGCGACCCCCACAAACAGAUCAAGUUGAUCUCCAGGGAGCUUGCUCUGGUCGGCGUCGGACUUGUGCUUUGCUGAACAGCCCCCUGCCCUGUGUGAACAGUGCUAUUCAACAUAUUCAAGUGCUGAGAGCCAAAGUGGACAAGUGGUUUCAACAGCCAGGGAAGUACCAUCCCCAAAUGGACCUGGACAAGCACCCAUAUGGCCAAAAUCUGCGAUUUCAACCUGGAGAUUCAGAUUCAGAAUCAGUCAUGUCUACGGAGUUAGUCAUUGAAGGCAUCGGCUUAACACCGAGAGAAAGCUCCUCAUCAUCACCACUGCUCAAGAACAUAAACGACGUCCUCCGAGAGGUUGUGUAUCUGAUAGAGCGUCUGGAGGCAGACCGGCAGAAUGCAGAGGAGGCUUUGCUUGUUGAAAACAGAAGAAAGAAGUUUUUGGAAAAUAAAUUUGACAGUGUUUCUUUGUGGAUGCAGAAGGAGCAUUCAUUUGUUGUCCAAAAAGAGCACGAGGCUUGUCUGAGGGACAUCACUGAGCUGAAAUGGCAGCUCCGUUUUGAAAAGGACAAACUUGAGCAGCUCCAUGUGAAACUGGCCCAGACGGAGAUGAAGAAGCAACGUUUGCAUGAAGACAUCAACUUCUCCACAGAACAAAUCCCCAUCGUGAAGGACAACAUGGACUUCCAGAGAAGUCUCAUUCUUCAGAUCAAUGCAGAACAAAAAGAGGCUGACCAAUUGUGCUUGAAAAAACGUGCAAAUCUCGCCAUGGUUGAGAAAGAGUACGACAACGCCAAGGAUUUGGCUGAAAACGAGAGGAAGGCCAUGGAAUUAGAGCUGUUGUCUAUGAGAAAUCAACUGGCAAAAAGAAAGAAAGACUUAGAACAGUUAUCAGUCGUGCAAAAAGCAGUUGAUGCUGACAUAAGAGAAGCUAAUGAAUCCUUGGCUCAAAGUAAGGAAACGUGCUCCACUACAUGUGAGAAUAUGACAAAGUUAACACAAGCAGAGAAAACCUGCAAAGACGAGAUUUCAAAAAUAAAAAUCCAAAGUGAAGAAGAAAUGAGAAAAAAUACAAAGUUACAAAAGAAGUUAAUUUCACUGAUGGAAGAUCUAGAGAAAGCUAGACUUAAAGGAGAGGCAGACGUUUCUAGCACCAAAGAGCAGCUUGUUUCUGCAGUUAAUGCCUUUAAUGCUCUUCGGAAGGAAAACUUGGACAGUGAAGAAAAAGUAGAAGACUACAAGACCAAGAUCUAUGAGAGUAAGAAAGCAGUGAAGCAGAUGCGAGAGGAAAGGAGGCAGAUGCUCCAGAAAAUCAGUGACAAUGACGAGCAGUGGGAAAGGGCCAAGGAGGAGGUGACCCUGGCUGUAGCGCAGCAUUCUGCCACUCAGGAUAAACUGGAGGUGCAAGAACGGCUCACCUUCAUGGAGGAGGAAAAGGCCAGGAAACGUAUCGAAAGCCUCAGGAGAGAUCUGACCAAUCAGAUCACUGCUGUGGAACAACUCGAGGCUCAGUGUGCAACUAUCAACGAUGAAAUGUACCACCAUCGAAGAGCCGCCAAGGAAACCAACCUCAAACUUCAGAGAGAGUUUGAGGAGGCUUCAUCUGUAAUGAAAUCGUUAGAGUCCAGAACUGAGAAUUUGAAGGCUUUGAUUAAACAGUUGGAAGACCUUGAGAGUGAGCACAGGAGAACUUUGGACAGCCUUAAUAAAGAGAAAUUAGUCAAACAAGGACAGUUACAGGCUGCUAAGGAUUUACUCGCUGCUACAUUAAAGAGAUAUGAAACCACUGUGGACAGGACCAGUGAACUCACAAAGCAGAACAAGGAGUUCCACCAGGAUUCGGAUCAGAUACAAAAAGCAUUGGAGACUAUGCCGGCAGUCAUUGAAGAGCUCAAGAGUGUUUUUGCUGUGGUAGAAUUCAAAAACAAAUCAGGUGCUUUCAUAAUGAACACCUUGCAGUCUGAUAUUAAUAACUGCUUACAACGAACACAGCGAUCCAUGCAGGUGCACACCGCUCAUGUAACAGCAAGGAAAAAGAAAAUGGAAGACACCAAGGAGGAGCUGACUGCUGCUCUGAGCCAGAACCAGCAGUUGGCAAGAACCUACGAGCAUCUCACUGAAGUCCUGUUGGAGACAAAACAAGAGGCCGUGUCUGCCCUGACUGACAAGAGCAGUGCUCAAAGAUCUUUUCUGUACUACACCCAGCUCUCUUUGUUGCAGAAGAGGAUGCACAAAGCUUUGGUGAAAUACUUCAAACAACGCAGCGUCUACAGCCAGGCUGAACUGGAUCAGUGCCAGGCUCUUUCCCGAGAGACCGACCAGAAAAUAAAAACAGCCCAGGAGUGGUUGGUCGGAGAAAUCCAUGCUAUUUCAGCAUUCCUGCAGUCGUUCACAGACGGUUCCACUUCCAGGGAUGAAUCCCGAGUGAGCAGACAAGUCCAUUCAGAUGCUACUGAGUCAAAUAAGUAG